AUGAUUAUUCCAAUUAGAUGCUUUACUUGCGGGAAGGAGAUCUCUAGCAAGUGGGAGCCGUAUCAGGAGCUUUUGAAGAUAGACAAGGGGAAGGCAGAGGCGCUGGAUGAGCUGGGAAUGAGGAGAAUAUGCUGCAGAAGAAUGUUUCUGGGGCAUGUGGACAUUGUAGACAAACUCUUGAAAUUCGAUAUCGUCAAGGACUUUACGCAGAGAAGCUGA